AUGGACAAAGUCGGCGCUCGAUGUGGCAAGGGGUCGAAAGUGCAGGCGAGAGCAGUGAUACUACCGCGAAGUGAUCGACAGGCUUUAGAAGGGUGA